AAUUGUACACUAAGGUAACUUGAGUCUGUUAACUAUUUACUUUUGCAUGUCCAUGACUGGGGAAGAAAAAACAAAGGUGAAUUCCUGCAGCGCGCAAUGUUUUGCAUGUGCUCUGCAACUGUACUGUAAGAGCAGACAGUCCUCGCGCUUUUUGUGUUUCGAACUGGUCUCACGCGGCAGUGGCAUGCACGGGGAAUCCGAGCGGGCGGGUUUAUUCGACCUAAUUCUGUCCAAUAGGCGCUCGUCGUGGGCGGGGCGUGAUGUUCCAGAAGCCAAUCCGAACCAGAGCCGCGAGCGAACAGGCAUCGUCUCCGCGUGCCUGAUACACGUGAGGUGGAACAGCUAUUGUACGCCGGGAGGCAACGUGCUGAAGCGUUCCUCUCGCCUGAAAAAACGGCGCACUCACGUUUUCUGUGGAUUACAAGGAAACUGGAAAAGCCAUGCUGCACUACCUGAUUAUUACAGAAAGACAAACUAUGCUCUAAUAGAGAUGGGCAACGUUUUAAACCAGUAAUCUCGUGCCAGACUAAAUGAGUUAUUUGUGAUGACAGGGCCCACUUGAAAGGGAAAAAAGACAUUUUUCUUUCUGUUAUACUCCAGUUAAUAACAAAUUCACGUUUAUGUCCGCAGUAUAAACAAACCAGAAAAAAGUCAGUUUGUACCUGUCAGACAGAACAACAAACACCCUUCUCUCCUCGAAGUGUUUCACGAGGGUAGGUGUGUCUCAUAAAUAGUACGCGAGAAUUGAGAGAUCAGUAAGAAGAGAACCCCGCCCCCCACCUCCCCUCCUUCCCCUCCACCACCACCCGUUCUCUCGCGCCUCGUUCGCUUGUUCUGCCAGGUGUGACGUCACGUGAACUGCCCGUGUCAGUUCCAGCUGAGCGCGAGUGAGAGGAGGACGGUCGGACGUGGACGUCGCGCGGCCCAAACACAGACCCACAGACCCGUGCGCCCGUGACUGGAUCCACCGGAUGUAGAAAAAAAAGGGUACAGACAGAGAAAGAGGAAACGACCCCCUCCCUCCCUCCAGCCGACGGACAGCAGAGCGCGACAGCAGAGAGGAGAAACACCAAUUCAACUUGUCAUCUGACCAACACAGCCACAGAGCUCCUGUCGCCGUGUGUGUGUGUGUGUGCGUGUUUUUCCUAUACACACUUCGCUUGUUUUGUUUUGACGGACGCUCGCUUUGCAACUUGUUUUUUUUUUGUGAAUAACCGGACCCGGAUUAACUCGGGGAUAUUUCUCUACAACAACAACUUUUAAUUGCAACAUUUUCCUGUUGGUUCACUCUCCGGGUUUCAUUGUCAUUUUCACAUUUUAUUAUUAUUAUUAUUUUUUUUAUUAUUAUGGACAGUUUUCCCACUCAGAUGGUCUAACUGUCCCUCCGCUGAGAAUAACAGCUUGAUCUGCUUGAAUACUUUUAACAACUGCAAUGGAAAACCGAUGAAAAAUAUUUCUUCAACGAAACAAGGACUCCUGCUUAACUGCACAUAAUAAAAAGUCAUCCAGCAUACUUGUCCUAUUGGUAGGUACUCCGGUCAGUUCGCCUCGCCCCUUCCAAGUGCCCCAGGUGUCUUAUCUGUGAGACCCCCCCCUCCUACGUCUGGUCCAGGAUGUCCAGGCAGCUCUCCCAGCUUCCGACCCCCGACCUCCCUGCCGGUGCAAGCCCACAGUUUGGAAGUUGUACUCAGCCUGCGGGCUCCCUAACAGGGGGGCACCUCAACUCUAUGGCGGGGCUGAAAUCCCUCCUGCAGCACCCCAUGAAGGGAGACCAGCGUUUAAAAAGCCCCUGUGAUGCAAAAGACAAAGACAGAUCUCUGGACCUUGAUGAGGACUCCUUAGGAGUUUGCCCCAUGAGGAAUGGAAGUGGAAUUGGCAGCAGCAAUAGCAGUAAUGGCUGCGGAGGAGGCGGAGGUGGCGGUGGAAAUGGAGGAGGAAGUUUCAACCAGUUCUUGGGGCCUCUCUUGUGGGAUCGCACCCUACCUGCGGACGGGGGCCUCUUCCAGCUUCAGUACAUGGACUUGGAGGAGUUUCUGACCGAAAACGGAAUGGGCAGCAUGCACAACAACAACAGCUCCAGUUCAGCCCAGAUCCCCUCACAGAGCUCCCAGUCAGCUGUGCCCAACCAGAGUUCCCAGUGCCUGCCGCCCUCAUCCCCACCUGGCUCUUCAUCCUCAUCGCCCUCGUCCUCCUCUUCCCCAUCGCUCAUUGGCUUGGAAGUGGCUCAGCCCCAGAGUCUCACGGGAGGAAACGACUGUCUGCACGGGAGUCAGACGAGUAUGAACGACUCCUGUGAGUCACCUUCGUCCUCCUCCUCGUCCUCUUGUCCACCUUUGCUGACGCCCACAGGCAGCGGGCCAGAUGUGAUUGGAAUGUUUGACAUGGAUUCUUCAGACAUGUCUUUGUCCAACUCUUCUGGGCAGCAAAACUUUGACCCCAGGAGGCAGUCCUUCAGUGAAGAGGAGCUCAAACCGCAGCCAAUGAUCAAGAAGGCACGCAAGAUCUUGGUGCCUGACGACUUGAAGGAUGAGAAGUACUGGACCAGAAGAUAUAAAAACAAUGAAGCAGCAAAACGUUCCCGAGACGCUCGCCGUCUCAAGGAGAACCAAAUAUCCGUGCGCGCCGCCUACCUGGAGAGAGAGAACGCCGCCCUACGACAGGAAGUGGCCGAGAUGCGGAAGGAACUCGGCCGGUGUCGCAACAUCCUUAGUAAAUACGAGAACCGUCUCGCUGACCAGUGAUGAAGGCGCGCAGCGAAAGCAAGGAAGAGGAGGAAUAAGCUGGAUUAAAUUUAAAGACUCUGAAUUCUUGGGUGUCACGAUGGACAGAAUGGGGUCACGGUGAUGAUGUUGAUGAUGAUGAUGAUGAUGAUGAUGAGGAAGAUGAUGAUUAUGAUGAUGAAUGUAUAAGACAUGGAGGAGGUUUGUGUAUUGAAGCUCAGGUGUUUUGUUGAGGUGUCAACUCUUAAAAGUGAUGGAUGGAGAGAAUAAUUUAACGGAUGAAAGAUGUGACUUUUAAGAGUUUUGUUAUUGGAGAAUUGUAUAUUUUUAUAAUACUUAUGAAAAAUUAGAGGGAGAGAAAAUUUGGAGAAUAAUUUUGUAUAUUUUCUACAUGACUGGGACAUAGAGAUGGGGCAAUGCUAUGGUAAAUAUCUUUUUAUUAUAGAUGAGUCAGGAAAUGUUUAACAGGUGGUCAGCCAUUGAUGGGUAUUUUUUCGACUUGGUUAUUAUUAGUCAGGACGCAGCAGCAGGGGCGAGGACGCAUGUAACAAUUGUAAUAUAGAGAGCAAAAUUAUCUUUAAAAUCGUAUAGUUCAACAUUUUUGUGGAUCUUACUCAAGCACUUAAUUUUUUUUCCUAUUAUGUUUCUUGUCACUGGGAUCGGGCAUGCUGGGACGGAGAGACAGAAGGAGAGACAAGGAGGGAGACACCAUGUAUACAGUCCAGCACUAUCCUCAAACACUUGUCUCGACCAGUCUUGUGCGUUUUUUGUUUUUUUUAAUAGAGCCACUUCAUCCUUUUUAUAUGAUUGGUCUUUAAGUUCCCCCGUUUACCCCCCACCAAUAUUAGUUAUUUGUACCUUGGGCUAAAUUUUAUGAGAUUCAUAUAUCCAUACUUGUAUCUUUGACUUUAUCUCCCCGGCGUUGAGUGAUUUUUAAUCUACUCUGUUGUUGAAUAUCUUACCUAAGCUGGUGAAAGCCUGUUGUGCUGCUCUGGGUAACUCUGCUCCUCUUGAUCCUCUCUUUGAAUUGUUGGGACAUUUCCUCUGUUUCUGUAUCCACCUGCUCUAUUUCUGUCUGCUCUCACUUACAGCCAGUCCCCCUCACAGUUAUGUGCACUCUUCCCAUUAACAUUUUGUCCUAUGUCUCUUGUACCUAGAUGGUACAUAGAGUAGUUGAAUCUCAGUGUUGUAACGUAUUCUGAAAUCGUAAUCAAUUUUCCCAGUAAAACGCACAUCGUUACUUUACUGUACUUUUAUGAACACAUUUUAAUUAGCAUUAUUAUGGGGGCGAGGGGGGGGAAUACUGUGUAUAUUGGAUAGGCCUAUACUAUUUUGUGUAUUUGAUGUAUUCCAGGAGAUGGGUUGAAUAUCCCCAUUGAGUGGAAUGGUGUUAAUUUCUCAGAUUUCUGGGAGAAAUAAAAGCCAAAAUUUCCUGUGUUGAUCCACAAAGCUUGUUGCUAUUUAGUGCUUUUUUCAAUAAUGCUCCUUCCUUAUUGUUCACUCCUGUUAUUACUCCUUACUUUUUACUGUAUCUAUAAACUUCUCUGUGUACCCACAACACCUACACAGGGGCAUGGUACACUAUGUUAUGUUCCUUGGGGAGGGAUGACUAGUAAUAGAGUGUGAUUUUAAUCCCCUUAAUGACCAUGAUGAAUAGUUACCAUUACUGCUAUUAUUAUUGUUAUGGUUAUGAUGAGUAUCCCUCUUAUUGUUGCUGUUCUAUAUUAUUGAAUGAUUUUCUUUCUUUGGAUGAACAUGAUCUGUUGCACCUUGAAACAUCUUUGAUCUUCAGUGUUCCCCAGAAAGACUAUUCAAAUGGAGAAAAAAAACCAACCCUCACUCUCUGCUAUUUGCAUCCUGUCUCAGACCUCCAGACAUUCAACAUUUCUCACUUCUGCUACGGACACUACUGCCACCUUGGUUUCUUUGACCAUGGAUUUCUACAAAUGUGGCUCAAAGACUUGAACAUGAUGUUCAUGCAGACUUACUUUACCUUUCAUGAUGACCUCUUCUGUUCCUCAGCUGUGUACGGACUAUGCACGCUAUUGUCCUUGUCGGUUUAUUUCAGCCUUUAUCACCUCAAUCAGUGAUUGUUUGCUCUCCCAACAGGAUUUUGUCUCUAAUAUCCUCACAGAUGUGGUUGAUAAAUCUUAUAGUGACUCUUAAUUGAACUACAACUGCCCUGCUGCAUCAGUGGUGUCCAUGGUGCCCAGCCCACUAAAUGCUGGUUAUUUGGAUGUAGUCGAGAUUUCCCCAAAACACCAAUAAAAGAUUGUUCUCAUUCAC